AUGGAGGCAUUUCCAGUCGGGGACGAGCUGGGCAGCACCCCAGAACCCACCAUUUUGCAGCCUGCCGGGACCGCUCCGGCGCCGGCUUAUCCUGCCUUCGAGUCGCAACAAGGCGAGCACCUGCGCGUCGGGGAGGACGUCCAGUUCAGCGAAGAGGUGGAAGACAGAGGUUUGCUAGAAAGCAGCACAAGAUUAAAACCUCAUGAAGCUCAAAACUACAGAAAGAAAGCAUUGUGGGUUUCGUGGGCCUCCAUUGUUGUUACACUGGCUCUGGCGGUGGCUGCUUUCACUGUCUCUGUAAUGAGGUACAGUGCUUCAUCAUUUGGAUUUGCAUUUGAUGCCACGUUGGAUGUGUUGUCUUCAGUGAUAGUUCUGUGGCGUUACAGCAAUGCAGCAGCAGUUCAUUCGGCACACAGAGAAUAUAUAGCGUGUGUCAUCUUGGGUGUGAUAUUUCUUCUGUCUUCUUUAUGUAUAGUGAUCAAAGCCAUCCAUGACCUUGCAACUAAGUUGCUUCCAGAAGUGGAUGACUUUCUAUACAGCGUUUCAAUUUUAAGUGGAAUCCUUUGUACUACUUUAGCAGUGGUCAAAUUUAUGUUGGGGAACGUGCUUACAAGUAGAGCAUUGUUAACAGAUGGUUUCAACUCUCUGGUAGGAGGAAUUAUGGGCUUUUCCAUCCUCCUGAGUGCGGAAGUUUUUAAGCACAAUGCUUCUGUUUGGUACCUGGAUGGAAGUAUAGGAGUUCUGAUUGGACUUACAAUAUUUGCCUAUGGUGCCAAGCUGCUUAUGGAUAUGGUUCCCCGUGUACGGCAAACACGUCAUUAUGAAAUGUUUGAAUGAAGGCAACUCAGCUAUUGGACUGAAUACAUUUUGCAGGAUUUGAAAACAACCUACAUCCUGCCAAGUGGGGCCAAUCCCUACUUGCAAGAUUGAAUUUUGUUGUUGUUCAUAUUAUUUUUUCAUCAUCAUUCAAGGGGAAACCAAUCUGUACAAAUAGGCAAAUACAUGCACUGCUUAGAUCUCUGCAAUCUCAUUUGGCAUAGGCUCCCCCAAAUCCAGCAAGCUGCAAUAGAAAUGAAUAAGACGUCUAAUCCUUUUUGCUACAUGUUUAAGUGAUUAGGCCUCUCAAGUCACUUGACAGCUGCCCAUUUAAAGGGGCCAAAUUAAGCAGGGUCCUAG